UAUAAUAUAAAUUAUGUACAUCGACUACGGGUAUAGACAGAAAGACUCAUUCAUCAAGAAAUUGGGAAAAUGGACUUGGAAAACCUCGGUCAAUUUGGGCAGAGACUUCUGUCUCAGGACUACCAUUCAUGGGUUUCAACACAUUGCUCAGCCUGACAGACAUUGGUUUGAAAGGUUACUUUGGUUCGGAUUGACGAUGGUAGCGAUAAUUGGGGCCGUAGGAGUAACUAGAGAUCAGUGGCAGCGGUACAACGAGAACCCGACGGUUGUUACCCUGGAGAAGAACUUCAGGACCUGGCAGUACAGCGUGCCUGCUAUCACUGCUUGUAUCGAGGUGCAGUUUUAAUACCAAUUUGUAAACAGCAAUUAGAAUUAACA